AUGAGCUGCGAGGAAAAUACGAUUCCUGAGGGAUCUGCCGUACCGUCAUCCAGCGCAUCGGCCAUAAUAAGUGUAACCGCAUCACCAGUCGCACCUCCUUCACUUCAGGAACUCGCGACAAUCGAAGCACCUUCACAAACUUGGACAACUGCGCUAAUUGAUAGGGAAUCUCGAUUCGUCGGUGCUAUAUCCGCGCAAGAGGAUGUAUUUUCAGGUGCAAUAGCAUUAGGUACCAGUCAUAUAGGGGAGCAUUCACAGAUGGCACCUUUAGCCAGCACAACCGUCACUUCCUGUACAUCCGCAGGUGCAACCUUAUCGGACACAUGUGAAUUUAGGCGCUCCAAUUUCGUCACCGCCCACACGUGUUCAGGCCCUAACCUCAAAAUACGAUGCGUACAUUCGGCAAGCGCCUUUGACGACAUUUAUAGAGUCUGGCCCGUUAUCUGCACAUGUACAUGGUAUCAGAACCUCAGCGAUGAACUCAUACCCUUCCACGGCGCUGUACAACGGUGUAGGUUUUCGGGCGCUUCGCAGGUUCAAGCGCCAUAUGCUCCACCAUGUACUGCGCCGGUGUGGACAUCUCGCCAGUCUCAACCGUUUUCGUUUAUACCACCAGCAUCAGGGUUGCCGAAUGUGGCGAACGGAAGUCAAAGUGCAUGGGGCGCAAUGGGUCAGUCAGGGCCAUACACAACUUACGAUGCAACGUUGCUGCCCUCGCAUGUAGCUGCGAGGCAAGCCAUUACUAAGGACUUACCCUCCUUUUCCGGUAAGCCGGAAGCUUUAUUUAUUACUAAUUAUGUUCAAUCUACGGAGCGCUGCGGGUUUUCUGACCAAGAGAAUCUUAUUCGGUUGCAGAAGUGCUUGAAAGGCGCUGCACUUGAGUCAGUCCGAGGAAAAUUAAUGAUGCCUGCCACGGUAAACUUGGCCAUCGAAACUCUGCGUAUGCUCUUCGGUCGGCCAGACGUGAUUCACGAAACUCUCCAACGUAAGCUGCGAGAGGUGCCUCCUGUACGGAUCGAAAGGUUAGAGAGCUUCGGCCUGGCUGUGCAAAAUUAUAGGGCGACGAUGCAAGCUCUGGGUCUCGAUGGCUAUUUGAACGAUCCCAUGCUACUCAACGAACUCCUGAGUAAACUUCCAAGUGAAAUGAAGCUGGAAUGGGGUAGACGUCGUUUAAGUCUUGCACGCGUAGAUAUUAUUGCGUUUGAUGAGUGGCUCGUCCCACCCCAGAGCUUGCAUCAGGUUACUCCUGUUAAUAGCGUUCCAUCAGAGGUGAAGGUAGGAAAUAAAGGGCGCCGGGAACGGUUACUUGUCCACGACGCAUCCUCAACUUCUGCCAGUCGUACGCCGGGGUCGCAGAAGGUCUCGUGCCAUAAGUGUACAGGUGCACAUGAUUUAGCUGAGUGCCGUGAAUUCAAGGCAUUAAGUAGGCAAUUACGCUGGCAGUUAAUUAAAGAGAAGAGACUUUGUAUACGAUGUUUUAAGAAUCACCAGGUUCGUCGAUGCAAUUCCAACAAAUGGUGCGGCGUCGAUGGAUGUCGUUUGGCUCAUAAUCCGUUGCUGCAUGGGCAGCGACUUCAACAACAAACUAAGCCACAUGAAAGCGAUGAUACAGGGAAUGCUGAAGUCGAAAAUUCCGUGAUAUGCUUGCAUCAGAAGCCGCAUGACAGAGCUAUCUUCAGGUAUGUUCCCGUAACUUUACACGCCAACGGUGUAACUCUGGAAACAGUUGCACUUAUCGAUGAAGGUGCAUCUUGUACAUUGUUGGACGAUACCCUGGCUCGACAACUCAAGCUUAGUGGCCCUAGCGAGGAUCUUUGUCUCAGGUGGACAGGCAAUAUUACCCAGCAAGAUAAGAAUUCUCAAAUCGUAUCCUUUGAGAUUUCAGCAAGAGGAAACGACUCUGUUAAAUAUGGUAUGCGAAGCGUACGCACCAUCGCGAAUUUGAAGUUGCCGCGACAAUCGCUGCAAGUGGGCGACAUACGGGAGCGCGAUCACCUUAAGUCACUACCUAUAGUGUCGUACGACUCAUCCAGAGCUGGACUCCUGAUUGGCCUAGAUCGCGUAAAACUGUGUGUACCGUUGGAGGUUCGUCAAAAUCAAAACGAUGGCCUGGUAGCAGCGCGCUGUCGACUAGGAUGGUCUGUCUACGGUCGUGAUAAGCACGAUAGGUCGCCCAACGAGAGAUUGAUGCACAUUUGUGAGUGCAGUAAAGAUGGCAACCUCGACAACCUAAUGCGAUCAUUCUUUUCUGUUGAGUCAGUUGGAAUAAGUCCAACUGUUAAACCUCCAAUGUCAAAAGACGAUGAGCGUGCGUGGCAGAUAAUGCAAAGCACAACAAAAUAUGUUGAAAGUGAAAGGAGAUGGGAAACGGGGCUCUUGUGGAGAUUUGAUCGCAUUGAUCUACCGCAGUCGUAUCAAAUGGCGCUCAAACGGCUUGAGUGUUUGGAAAGAAAAAUGGAUAAAGAUCCACAUUUAAAAGACUUCAUCACAGAAUGCAUUCAAGACUAUCUUCGCAAAGGCUAUGUGCGGAAGUUAAGUGCAGACGAGAUUUCCACAGGAGGAAAGGCAUGGUACAUUCCAAUUUUUUCAGUAAUAAGCGUCAACAAGGGCAAGAGGCGGCUGGUGUGGGAUGCAGCCGCGAAAGUUGAGGGAACUGCUUUGAAUGAUGUGCUACUUAAGGGUCCUGACCUAUUGAGAUCCUUGGUCGGUGUUUUGCUUCGCUUUCGUGAAAAACCGGUGGCAUUGUGUGGUGACAUUCGCGAAAUGUCUCACCAGGUUGGAGUCAUAAAAGCGGACCAAGCCGCGCAACAGUUUCUAUGGCGUGACGGUGAUAGAACUCGUGAGCCAGACACUUUCGUUAUGGUCGUCAUGACGUUAGGUGCAUCUUGUUCGCCCUCCUUAGCUAACUAUAUUAAAAACAGAAACGCAUACAGGUUUAAGGACAAGUUCACUUCCGCAGUUGCAGCCAUCGUAGAAAAUACAUUCGUUGGUGACUGGCUUCAGAGUGUUGAAACAGAAGAUGAAAUGAUCCUACUCGCAACGGAAGUGCCACACAUCCAUAAGGAAGGUGGCUUCGAAAUGCGCCACUGGCUUUCCAAUUCAAAACGAGUAUCGCGUGUUAUGGCAGGUCAAUCUGGAUUGGUAGAUAAGUGCAUUGAAGAGCCGGGCAAUGAUGCGGAAAAUGUCCUUGGCAUGUGGUGGCGACCACACACCGACGAACUAAUGUUCGUGCAGCAAUUUAAAGAGCAGUUUUUUGAUGAAUUAAGCAUUCCAACCAAGAGAGAGAUCCUUCGAGCGGUUAUGACGAUUUUCGACCCUCUAGGUUUGCUCGGUUUUUUUGUAAUUAAGGCCAAAAUGAUACUUCAGGACGUUUGGAGAUCGGGAGUGACGUGGGACGAACCCAUACAAGACAAAGAGCGUUUCGCGUGGUGGAAUUGGGUGCGAAAACUUCAAUCCCUCAACAACGUGCGCAUUCCAAGGUGUUACACAUUCGUAAGCCGCUGCGAAAACCUUGAGCUUCAUGUUUUUGUUGACUCCAGCAUUCUCGCAUACGCAGCGGUAGCUUAUCUUCGGGCAGAGGUUAAGGGUGAGUUCUAUUGUAGCUUGGUAAUAUCCAAAACACGCGUUGCACCCCUAAAACCUUUAUCGGUACCGCGGUUGGAGCUGAUGGCGGCCAUCCUAGGACUGCGUCUAGCACGAUUCGCGCAAGACGAGCUUUCUGUUGCCAUUUCACGUCGAGUUUUCUGGUCAGAUUCGAAGGAUGUACUUUACUGGAUACGAUCUGAUGCAAGGAAAUUUAAUCAAUUUGUUGCGGUGCGUAUCGGCGAAAUAUUGCAGGGGUCGCAGCUAAAUGAAUGGCGGUGGGUUUCGUCAAAACAAAACGUCGCAGAUGACGGCACCAAAUGGGACGAUAAUCUGACACUGGAUAGCAACGCACGAUGGUUUACUGGUCCUGACUUCCUUCGCGCGCCAGAACAUAGCUGGCCCCAAUCCGAGUUUAUUAUGCCUCAUGAGGAGGGGCUUGAUACGGUCCACCAUGUGAAUGAUGAAAUGGAUGUUCGCAACAGUUGCGUUCCAGACCCCACACGGUUUAGUAAAUGGGAAAGGCUUCGAGCAGUGCAGAUGUGCGUGCUGCGUUUUCUUCGCCUUAUUAUGAAAUCGGAAGCAAAGAAUCCGGUAGCCGAGAGACUGCUACGAGAAAAAACUUGCGACGGCGCCGAGUUACUGAUUUUCCGAGAAUGCCAAUCUGAAAGCUUUGCAGAGGAGUUGAACCAACUAAAACAACCUAAGGCUCGGAUGAAAAUGGGCUCCUACGAGUGA